AUGAACAUGUGCAUUCCGGCGAGAAUCGCCGGCAAGCUUCCUCUUCUCGUCUCGUCUUCCACCUCUUCUACUAGAGCUGCCGGAUUCCCCAGAAUCGGGAUUUUCCGUAAUCUGAACCAGAGAAGGAGACUGGUUUCUGGGUUCGCAAAGGUGAUGGCUUUGAGCAGUGUGGAGAGCUGUAAUGCGGAGGUGAUUGAACUUGAAAACUCAUUGGGCUCCGUUCGGCCUGCCGUGGAAGAUUGUGCAGAAGAGGCCGUCGAAGCUCUCAGAGACGGCAAGGUUAUAGCUUUGCCCACUGAUACUCUCUAUGGUUUUGCUUGUGAUGCUUGUUCUUUGGAAGCAGUAAGUAGGAUUUAUGAGAUCAAAGGCCGUAAGCACACGAGUCCUCUAGCAAUCUGUGUUGGGGAUGUAUCAGACAUAGAGCGGUUUGCAGUCACUGACCACCUGCCUUCUGGCUUACUGGAUUCCUUACUUCCUGGGCCUGUGACUGUUAUACUGAGUCGAGGAGCUUUGAGCGUGCUUGAGAAGUCUCUGAACCCGGGAUUGGACAGCAUUGGUGUCAGGGUCCCUGACUGUAACUUCAUAAGGGUGAUAGCUCGGGGUUUGGGAAGAGCGAUAGCCCUGACCAGUGCUAACCUGAGUGGCCAGUCAAGUAGCGUUUGCAUCAACGAUUUUCAGGACCUGUGGCAGCAAUGUGCAUCUGUGUAUGAUGGUGGUGUCCUUCCAUCUGGACGUGCAGGAUCGACGAUUGUAGAUCUCACCCGGGUUGGGAAGUUCUGUAUUCUUAGACCUGGAAGCGCCAUGGAAGAGACGGUUGCAAUCCUCGAAAAGCAUUCGCUGGCUGAGGACGAAGCAGGCUAG